GUCUGUAACCCUCCUGAAAACAAAAAUAAGAGCCUUUUCCUUGGUGACUGCAGCUAAUCGUCUGCGACUUCUAAAGUAAUAUAUAGCAUUUUUUUUAGUCAAUCGCUCCUGCGGGUGGCAUUUGACUCGCACGCAAAUAAAAACCGAAGAUGAAAUGAUGAACACGCUUCCUGUCAAUAACCAAUAUGAAACCUCACAAGACUUCCCCAAUAGAUACUUAAAAACUGAAAACGACGACAUUUUCAAGUUGAAAGCAGAGUUAAUUCAGUCAGAGAUUCACACACCACAAGUUAAAGUGAAAUCUGAUCAAGAUGGCUUCUCGUGGUCUCAGGGUGAUUAUAAAGAGGAGCUUCUGGACCUUGGUCUACAAAUUAAGAAAGAAGCAUUUGGUAACAUACCCACUGGCCUUAUACCUCCAAUUGAAAUGGACGAAGAGUUUGAAAUGGCAAGGAACACACAUGCUUCUUUCGAUAAAAAUCUGACCAGAAGUUCAAGAGGAAGCAAGGGGUACAAGACUACAAAAAGCUUUACGAAAAAACCGAAUGCAUCGAGCAAAAAAGUUGGAUGGUCAGCAGAGCAGACUGGGAAUCCUGAUUUAAGCAAAGGAAAGACCUGUUGCUUUACUCCAGACACAAUGGGAAAAGACAACAAGUCCAACAAACUACACAAAGAAAAUCUAUUUAGUUGUGAAACAUGUGGGAAAGAAUUCCAUCAGUCAGCCCUUCUUGCCGAUCAUGUGAAAAUUCACAGAAGACAGAAGCCAUACACGUGUAACCAGUGCCAUAUGAAGUUUGCCAAACCUUCUUAUUUGACAAAACAUUUACGUAGACAUGCUGGUGAGCGGCCGUUUUCAUGUGACUGCUGUGAAAAGACGUUUUUUGAAAUCUAUGACCUGAGGGUGCACCAGAGAGAUCACACAGGAGAGAGACCUUAUUUAUGCUCCCAAUGUGGAAAAGGUUUUAAGCGCAUUUACACACUUAACAAACAUAAACAGACACACUCAAGUGAGAAACCUUUUCAGUGCUCCAUGUGUGAUAAAGCUUACAAAUAUGAGUACAGUUACAGGCGGCAUAUGAAAGAUCAUAUAAAUGAUGUGCAUUGUUGAUUAACAGUUUAAUGGGAUUUUUAUUUCAAUAAUAUUUCCUUUUGUGAAGCUGUGUAUUUUACUAUUUAUUGAAUAGGAUUAAGAUUUUUAACUGAAUUUUUGAUCUAAACUUUUCAUAAGUAGUCUGAAUACAGUGCUGAUAAAUGGUUGAUUAUUCUUGAAUGUAUGUUUACAUGAAUGAUGUGCCUCUUUAACUACUUCAGAAAUACCCUUUCUUAAUGCAACGUUUUUACAUGUGUAAAAUUCUAUAGCACAUUAGCGUUAAAAUAACGUAUUUUAGUUUCAUUUAUCUGGGUGAAAAGAGUAGUGUUGAAAUAUCUCUUAGUUCAAAAAUUUAUUCCAUGGCAAAAGAAUGCAGUUGUAAGGCCAAAGGGGUCCGAUUUGUACUAGCAAAGUGUACCUAAUAAAGUGGCAGGUAAGUGUAUUCAUGAAUGUAAAAUAUACCUCACGCUGCUACUGGACUAUACCAUUUCUCCACUAGAGGGAGGCUACAUGCUUCACAUCACUGUAAACAGAAAGUGUUUGCUGAGCUAGCCAUGACAAUGCAAACAAGUGUAGAUAAAACUUUAUAUGAAAACGUUAAAUACAACAAAAUUUGUGUACAGAGUAGCGUGUCUUUUGUCAUUUCAAAGUUAAAUUUGAAAGUUUAAACAUUAAGAUUAAAUUAGAAAAGCAAGGUGUAUUACCUUGAUCUUAUCGGGGCAGAUUUUGUCAAGAUUUUGUACCUUUGUGCCAAGUAUUCCACAGACUAACGGACGGAUGGGGUAUUACUGAAUGAGAGUUAAGAAGAUGUUCUGGUACAUUGCCAAUAUAAAUAUUGUGGCUUUGUGUUUAUUCAGGAGAGUUUACCAGGGUGCACAGAAUUGUUGAAGGACAUACAGUUAAGGUUAUAGGAAAGGUAGGAGAAAAAUAUGAAUCUAUUGUGUCCCUAAACUAUAAGGAAAGUAAGGAGUCUGGCCAUAAUGUAGCAGUGCCAGAGAUGGUAGAAUUGGUAGUGCAAAUAAGUAAUCUUCCGAUUGCUGAAGUCAAAGGAGUGUGAAUGCUUGAUCUUUGGGAAAAAAUCUUUAUAUUUACUUUAUUAAACAGCAUCUAAAUCUAUGCAUUUAAGAACAGGUUAUUGAAGAGUAAAUUCCGUAUUUCAGCAUGUAUGAACUGAAGAGGAAUGUUAACAACCUCACAAGGUGGAGCCCAAAUCAGGCCACCAUACCUCAGAGGUCAGUCAAAUGUAAAACACUGAAAAGUACUGCAUUACAGAAUCUUAAAACUCAACUGCUUUCUGUUAGCCUAGCAAGGUAUAGCCUUUAAUAUGUUCAUUUUUACUUAUGUAUAGUAAUGUAUUGUAGCACUAAUCAGAUGUGAUUCGUUUUUUUACGUUUUUCAUAGUUUGCACCAUUUUGUGAAUAAAUU